UUGAGUUUGAAGGAAGCCAGUGGCGGUGGUUAAUGAUCAAAGAGCUCUCUUUUUUAUGCAAGCGUGGGUUAUAAAUGCAGGACCAUUGCCUUUCCUCUUCUCUCUUCUUCAAAGUAGACAAUUACCCAUUCCCUUUUUUUUUUCUCACUCUAAAUCUAAACUCUGAAGUAAUAAAAGUCUCUCCUUUAUUACUUUUUCUUCACUGCUUCUUUUUUGACUGUUUUGUAGCAGAGUUGCUCUGUUGCUGAGCAAAAAGAACAGCUCAAAAUCAUUAAAAAAAAAAAACUAAUCUUUGUGUGCCUUGGAGUGUUUAAAAAAAAAGGGCCUUGAAUGAGAGAGCAGAGAGAGUACAAAAAAGUAAGCACAGAAUCUGGAAAUGGGUACUCCCAAAUUCCAGUUUCCAGUUGUUGCUUUGGAAAUUGUCUGUUCCAGCUAGUGGGGAUCUUUGCUACAUAAUUUCACUUCUGGUGUUGGGGGGAUUCAUUAAAUGAAGUGGGGUUUUCCUUGAUACUUGUUCUGAGCAGUUUCUAUGGCUUUCUUUUGGGGUGUUAAAACAUACUUGUGGAGAAAGGCAUAGGCUGAGUUUUCCUCUGCUACUCUUGUUGAAAGAGAGAUGGAUAUAGGUGAGAAGGAUAAAUAUGAGCUUGGAAAGAGGGAUGAGCAUAACAACAUAAACUACCAGGCACCUGUUUUGUCAUCAGAUUGGCAGUUUGGUGGUGCCAAUCUCACCAGUGCUGGUAUGAGUUUAGUUCCUACUACUAAUCCACUGGCUAUUGGUUCUUCUUGUGCCUCCGCUUCAUUGGUAGACUCAUUUGGUUCUAGUCUUUGGGAGCACCCUUCUAAUUCACAAAACAUGGGAUUUUGUGACUUUAGUGUACAAAACGGUGCAAACUCUUCAAAUGCAAUGGAAGUUGGAAAAGGUCUUCCUAACUCUUUGAGAAGUAGUAUUGAUAGACCAUUUGAUAUGGGUUGGAAUGCCGCAAGUGCGAUGUUGAAAGGCGGAAUUUUUUUACCAAAUACAACUGGGAUUCUAGCACAGAGUCUAUCUCAGUUGCCAGCUGAUUCAGCUUUCAUUGAGCGUGCUGCCAGGUUCUCUAGCUUUAAUGGGGGGAAUUUUAGUGAUAUGGUGAACCCUUUUGGUGUUCCUGAGCCUAUGGGUCUGUAUGCUAGGGGUGUGGGGUUGAUGCAAGGACCUGAUGAUAUUUUUGCAGUCAAUGGGAUGAAAUCCGUAUCUGUUAUGGAAUCUCAGAAAAGUAAGUUGGAUGCCACUGAAGCUACUAGGGAUGCUGGUUUGCGAGUUGAAAAUAGGGCUAAAGCAAGCCCGCUUGAGAAUGAAAGGAAAAGUGAAAGUCUUAUGCAGCCUAACGAAGAAGCAAAACAAGGAACUGGUGGUUCUGGUAAUGAAUCCGAUGAGGCUGAGAUUAGCAGUCGUGAUGGGGGCCAAGAUGAACCAUCUGCGUUGGAUGGUACAGGUGGUGAACCUUCAGCUAAGGGCCUUAGCUCGAAGAAAAGAAAAAAGAGUAUACAGGAUGCCGAGAUUGAUCGAGCUAAGGGAGGCCAAACAUCUACUAAGACUGCAAAGGAUAGUCCUGAAAAUCAACAGAAGCAAUCUAUGAUGAUCAAUAAGACUACAGGGAAGCAAGGGUCUCCAGCUUCUCAUCCACCAAAAGAAGAAUACAUCCAUGUGAGAGCCCGAAGGGGCCAGGCAACAAACAGCCAUAGUCUUGCAGAAAGGGUAAGAAGAGAAAAGAUCAGUGAAAGGAUGAAGUUUCUUCAGGACCUUGUACCUGGUUGCAGCAAGGUCACAGGCAAGGCAGUGAUGCUAGAUGAAAUCAUUAACUAUGUGCAGUCACUUCAGCGGCAGGUUGAGUUUCUGUCAAUGAAACUUGCGACAGUUAACCCGAGGCUGGAUUUUAGUAUAGAAGCGCUUCUUGCAAAAGAUAUUAUUCAAUCGCGAGCUGGCCCUUCUUCGACUCUGGGAUUUUCUCCGGAUUUAUCUAUGGGUUAUCCUCCAUUGCAUCCGUCUCAACCUGGACUUGUUCAAGCUCCUCUUCCUGUUAUAGGGAAUAGUUCUGAUGUUAUUCAUAAAGCUCUUAGUUCUCAGUUGACAUCGAUGACUGGAGGAUUGAAGGAGCCCAAUCAGGUUUUCCUUCAUUUUUUCACUCGAAUGCAUGGGAGGAUGAGCUCCACAAUGUUGUUCAAAUGAACUAAGGAACUGGUGCUCCUUCUGACAGCCUAAAUGUAAAUGGGCCAAGACCAUCCGGUAAUACGAAAGUAGAACUUUGAUCCUUAAGUGUCUAUCACUCUAUGCCAGGCAAUUCAUUAUAGCUCCACUACUUACUAUAUAUAUGCCAAGCAUUCAUGAAGGUAGCCAAGGGAAUGCGAACCACUCUGUUGAAGGUUAAGUAUAAACAUUUGCUGUCACCAUCUUCCUUCUGUGCUCGUAUGGUGAGACGGAAUUUCGUUUUCUCACUUGUUCAACCAAUAGAUAUAUAGAGGGAAAUGGAAGUCCUUUGAUUAUGGGAAUGUAUUGGUGUCCUAAUCAGAGGGUAAGGUGGAUUAGAAUGUAUAGAUUGAUUAUGGGAAGCUUUUGUGAUAUAGGAGUUUUAUGCUGUUAUCUAGUAGUAUUAGAUGAUCUCCUAUAAUUUACAGAUGGCUAUGAGAAGUAAUUUGUUCAGCUCA